AUGCACUAUGUCCUUCUCUUAGGCUACAAAAGGCAUAUUAAAAUAAAAUUUCAAAUAAUAAAGGAUCCUAAUUCUCGUCUUGGUGAAUAUUUGCAUCUAAAUGAGAGAUACUCAAAACUAAUCAUCAUAGAUUAUCAUCGGUCUGAAAAAGCAAGAAAGCAUGAAAUUAGGGCUUCGGGAAAGAAACAUGCUGAAAUCAUGAAUACGAGAUCCAGUUCUUCUGCCACCAUUGAAAACCUAUUUCACCCUGACAAACAUGGACUAAUUCCACAAGUGGUUGUGUUGCAAGGAGCCGCAGGAAUUGGCAAGACCAUGACAGCAAGAAAAAUUAUGCUUGAUUGGGCCUCCGAACACCUUUAUCAGGACAUGUUUAAUUACAUUUUUUAUAUUCAUUGCAGGGAGAUGAACCUCCAUACAGACUCGGAGAAGAGUAGUAUUGUGGAAAUAAUUUCUAAACAAUUGCCCAACAGUCAUGCAAUUAAAAACACAAUUCAAGAGAUACUGAAUAAUUCAGAGAAGCUCCUGUUUAUCAUUGAUGGGUUUGAUGAAUUAAGAUUUUCAUUUGAUCAGCCUGAAGCCCAGCUUUGUACUGACCCUUGGAAGAAGGAGCCAGUGCAAAUCCUUCUGAGGAGUUUAUUUCAAAAAAAGCUUCUUCCUGAAUCCUACCUCCUAAUCACAACAAGACCCACAGCUUUAGAGCCUCUCAGUCGUUGCUUGGAGUGCUCGCGUCAUGCUGAGAUUUUGGGAUUUUCAGUGGAGGAC